GCACUAACGAUGGCGGAUGCAGUUUAUUUCGAACCGAUGCGAACUUCUGUAUUCGUGACGACCGGCGGAUCCAAGAAAAAACUUGCCAAUCAUACUAUAAAACGAAUUGCUUAUAAGUUUGUUUUUCCACCUGGUUCCUCUUUCUACGCAAAAGACGAAGAGAUGUAUGGUUUUGUACCAGAGUGGGGAAAAAUUGAAGUAACACUUUACAGAAAGCCCGGAAAGCCGACCAAUGAAACUAUGACUAUACAAUUUGCCGCUGCUCCAACAGGAAACGAUCCAAAAGCUAGCUUUGUCACCGGCGUGCCACAAGGAGAAUAUGGCGGCGAAACUCAAGUAAAAUUGGUGGGAACUGAAUAGAUGAAAACGAAAUCGAACCAAAAUAAAGACUUUAACAU